AUUGACUGCACACGACUAUCAAAAUGUCUGAGAAGAUCGAAGUUCUCCUCUUCGGCCUGGGCGCCAUCGGCUCCUUCUACGCUUUCAUCCUGCACAGCUGUCCACGCGUGCGCCUGACGGUCGUCGCUCGGUCAAACUACAGCGCCGUGAAAGAGAACGGAAUCCUGCUGAAAAGCGCCAACCACGGCGAGCAUCGCUUCCACCCUGAUCGCGUGAUUCACUCCCUGUCGGAGCUGACCUCUUCCCCGUCCCCGCCGUUUGACUACGUGGUCUGCACGAACAAGGCCAUUGACGUGGAUGACGUGGCUCGCUCACUGGCGCCGGCUAUCACGGCCGAGAAGACCACGAUUGUGAUUAUCCAGAAUGGGGUCGGGAAUGAGGAGCCGUUUCGACGGUUGUAUCCAGGGAAUGAGAUUGUUUCGUGUGUGACAUGGGUAGGAGCCCACCAACCGACCCCAGGCACAACGACACACACGACCUCCGAAGCGACACAAAUCGGCCUCUACCAACCCAUCAACCCCGCACAAGCCGAAUCCGCCCUCUCAACACUGAUCACCAUCCUCAGGGCCCCGGCAAACCCACACCCAACGCCCCUGACCCCGCUCUCCCCGGCCGCCUUGCAGCUCACCCGCUGGGAGAAACUGAUGUGGAACUGCGCCUGGAACACGCUAACGACGCUGACGGCCCAAGACUGCCAGGCGUGGCUGCAGUCGUCGGAGGACGCGCUCCCGCUGACGCGACGGCUGAUGCGCGAGGUCGUGGCCGUGGCGCAUGCGUCGGGCGUGGAGCUGCCUGAGACGCUGAUCGACGCGCAGAUCGCGAAGAUGCAGGGCCUGGGGCCUGUGCGCACCAGCAUGCAGACGGAUCGCGAGAUGGGGCGUCGCAUGGAGGUUGAGGUGAUUAUCGGGGUUGCGGUUAAGGGGGCGAGGCGCGUGGGCGUUGAGGUGCCUGUUUUGGAGACUGUUUAUGCGCUUAUUCGCGCUGUGGAUUCUUUGGUUGGGAAGUUGUAGUUUUCUUUGAUCAGGAAGUUGAAAGGAAGGGGGGUCCGGGGAUUCUCCCCCGGAAACGCUUAUAUUCUGGUUAUAGUUUGUAUGUGACAUGAUGCGUAUGGAAAUAUCAGAGACUUGGGGCUUAGGGAGGCAUGUACUGGGGAACUAUAAG